GGGGAAGAGAAGCUGAGAGGAACUCCUCACUCAGCUAGCUUCAGGAACCAUGACAUCAUCUCUACCAUGGGAAUUCCACUCACUCUCCUGUGCCCCCACAUUUGUCCUAGGCCUCAGAGUCCCUAUAAAGAGAGAUUCCCAACUCAGUAUCAGCACAGGACACAGCUGGGUUCUGAAGCUUCUGAGUUCUGCAGUCUCACCUCUGAGAAAACCUCUCUUCCACCAACACCAUGAAGCUCUACGUGACUGUCCUGUCUCUCCUCAUGCUAGUAGCUGCCUUCUGCUCUCCAGCGCUCUCAGCACCAAUGGGCUCAGACCCUCCCACCGCCUGCUGCUUUUCUUACACUGUGAGGAAGCUUCCUCGCAACUUUGUGGUAGAUUACUACGAGACCAGCAGCCUCUGCUCCCAGCCAGCUGUGGUAUUCCAAACCAAAAGAGGCAAGCAAGUCUGUGCUGAUCCCAGUGAGACCUGGGUCCAGGAGUAUGUGUAUGACCUGGAACUGAACUGAGCUGCUCAGAGACAGGCCGUCUUCAGGGAAGGUCACCUGAGCCUGGAUGCUUCUCCAUGAGACGCAUCUCCUCCAUACUUAGCCAAAGGAUAAGUGUCCCCUAUGGGGAUGGUCCACUGUCACUGUUUCUCUGUUGUUGCAAAUACAUGUAUAACACAUUUGAUUCCAUGUGUUUUCAUAAUAAAACUUUAAAA